AUGUCAGCAUCGGCAUUGCGCGCAACCACUAGAAUGGCAUCUCGGCCACAGCAGCGGUUGGCCAGCAUACAGAGACAUUUCAGCAGUUCCACUGCACAGAGAAAAGAAGUCAGAGAUGCAUACAUUCUAUCUGCUAGUCGGACACCUACUGGAGCAUUCAAUGGCAACUUUACCACCGUCUCCGCCACUCAACUGGGCGCCACUGCGAUCAAGUCCGCUCUUGAGAAGUCAAAGGUCCCUGUCUCCUCGAUAGAAGCUGUAUACAUGGGCAACGUGCUCAGCGCAGGCGUCGGACAAGCUCCCGCUCGACAAGCUGCCAUCUUCGCCGGCCUACCUACCAAUAUCGAAGCCACGACCGUAAACAAAGUAUGUGCGUCAGGAUUGAAGGCAGUCAGUCUUGCCGCACAAUCGAUUGAAUUGGGACAGGCGGAAGCGCAGGUGGCUGGAGGUUUCGAGAACAUGACGAGGGUACCAUACUAUCUGAACCGCGCCAGUCAGCAGCCACCCUUUGGCCAUCAACAAUUGCAGGAUGGAAUGAUUGGCGACGGUCUGUGGGACGUGUACAACCAGAUCCACAUGGGUAACUGCGCAGAAAACACAGCGAAGAAACACGAGGUGACGCGAGAGGAACAGGACGACUUCGCCAUCCUCACAUACAAGCGUGCACAGGAAGCAUGGAAAUCGGGCUUUUUCAAGGACGAGAUCGCGCCAGUAACGGUCAAGUCACGGAAAGGCGAGACCAUUGUUGCGGAAGACGAAGCUUACAACAAGCUCAAGCUGGAGAAGGUGCCGACACUCAAGCCGGCGUUCGUGCGCGAUGGAACUGGUACCGUCACAGCUGCGAACAGCUCCUCUUUCAGUGACGGCGGAUCCGCACUUGUUCUUGGUAGCAAGGAAAUUGCCCAGCAAUAUGGCCAGGACAGCAGAGUACUGGCAAAGAUUAUCACAUAUGCUGAUGCUGCUAUGGACCCGAUUGACUUCCCUAUUGCCCCCUCCGCGGUUGUAGAGAAGCUUCUAAAGCAGUCCGGUCUAUCGAAAUCUGACAUCGCUGUUUGGGAAUUCAACGAGGCGUUCGCUGCUGUCAUCAAAGCAAACGCAAAGAUACUCGGUCUAGGCGUCGACAACGUAAAUCCAAAGGGCGGUGCUAUUGCCUUGGGACACGCACUCGGAAGCUCAGGAAGCCGCAUCCUUGUAACACUACUCCACCAGCUCGAAGUUGGGCAAUACGGAGCAGCUGCUAUCUGCAACGGAGGAGGCGCCGCGACGGGUAUGAUUGUGCAAAGAGUGUCGCCGAAUGAUCUAUGA